AUGCCCUCCAAAACUGCCAUGCCCCCGAAGACCGCCAUGGCACUCCUCAACUGCUGCGCGGCUCUCAAGGCCAACUACGAUCAAGACGAAGCCGAGAAGAACGAAGUUGCAGCCAUGGCCCAGGUCAAGGGUGACUCGACCAAACGCAAUGGAUUUGCCGCGCUCAAGAAAUUGGGCUGGGUCACAUACGAAGGCAAGACCAAGGUAAUCAUAACUGACAAAGGCAUGCUCAACGCUGACCGAGCAGUGAUGGAUCAAUUCAAGAAGCCCACUUCGAACGACGAGCAUCACGAUAAAAUCCGUUCAGGGCUGAAAGGGACAGAGGUCAAACUCUUCAAUGCCUUGAUUGAUGGGCUCACGCACAAAAAGGACGACGUGGCCAAGGAGCUGAAGAUUGACCCGAAGAAAAGUACCUGGCGAAAUGUGAUGGCUUCACUAGUCAAGAAGAACAUCGCCGAGUACCCCAGUCGGCAAGAGAUUCGGCUCACCAAGAAGAUGUUUCCUGUUGUGAAACGCCCAGGUGAUGACAACUAG